CUCGCAACCAGUUGCACUCGCUGGUCACUGCUUCGGCCUUCGAGGGAGAGAGGUUUUGGAAUUUCCAAGAUCUGUUUUUACUUUGAACUAACUCGUUGUAGUGACUUGAAUCACUAUCCUCUACAUCCAAAUAUGCCCUUCCUAGCUUCUAAAAUCCUAGAGCUCAAUUUCAAGAAAAGAGAACUCCAAAUUUAGCAAGAAUUCAUAGCGUACCUCAUUUACUUUUCCAACUCGGGAUCUAACAAAAACCCCAUUCAAGCAGCUGAGCAGAGAAGAGAGGACGGAGGGAGAUCUGGCCACUUUGCCUGCCUGCCUCUGCUCUUUGCAUGCGAAUUGAAAUGGAAGGCGUUGUUGUGAGGAGGGUGAUUCCUUCAGACAACAGUUGCCUCUUCAAUGCUGUGGGCUACGUGAUGGAACACAACCGAAAUAAGGCUUCUGAGCUCAGACAGGUGAUAGCAGCAGCAGUUGCUAGUGAUCCUCAAAAGUUUAAUGAAGCAUUUCUUGGCAAACCAAAUGAAGCGUAUUGUGCUUGGAUUUUGGAUCCUGAAAAGUGGGGAGGAGCCAUUGAGCUCGCCAUUCUAUCAGAAUAUUACGGGCGUGAAAUUGCUGCAUAUGACAUUCAGAGCAUCCGCUGUGAUCUGUAUGGUCAGGAGAAGAAUUAUAGUGAAAGGGCCAUGCUCAUUUAUGAUGGGCUGCAUUAUGAUGCUCUGGCUAUGUCUCCAUUUGAAGGAGCACCAGAAGAUUUUGAUCUGACAAUCUUCCCUGUUGAUCAUAACCGUUCCAUUGGUCCAGCAGAAGGCCUUGCCCUCAACUUAGUGAGGGAGGCACGGAGGAAGAGGAGCUAUACUGACACGGCAAACUUCACUCUGCGUUGCGGGGUGUGCCAGAUAGGAGUCAUCGGUCAAAAUGAAGCUGUCGAACAUGCGCAAGCCACUGGUCAUGUCAACUUCCAAGAAUACAAAUGACUAGUUCUGUCGUGAACUUCUCAUCAUUUGUUCCAAUCAUUUGUUCCAAUUGAUAUUCUUCUUGUGUUGGAUAUGGUUGAUACAUUGUAUGGCAAUGUAUUUGUUACAUUGUAUGGCAAUGUAUUUGUUACAGGGCAAACAUAAUAAUGUUCAUCUUCGUUUUGGAUAAUGCAGUAUGAUGUUGAUACUGCCAGCCAAUUAAGGUCCAAGUGUCAAUCCCGUUCUGAUAUCAAUGGCAUGCAUGUGGUAGCCUUCUUAUCA